CUUUGACCCAGUGAGGGCCAGAGCACCGGAAACCACAAACCCUUGCUGGCCCUAGAGGACCCAACCCCUGGCUUCUCUCUGUAAUGGCCAUGUGCUUCAGACCUGGAGAGGCUAGUGUGCUGGUUGGCUGCUGCCAGCUCCCCAUCCGUGGUCACAGAGUUUCUGCUGACAGCCCCAGUCCUGCCAGAGCUCUGCUGUGCACCACAGGGGUGGGGAUUGCUGUGGGUCCCAGGAGCUGGACCGUUGCCCUCCCAGGCCUUCUCCAAGUGGUAUUAGUACCCUGCAGGGAGCAGAUGUGACUAGCUGGGAGAGCUGUCCCAUGCACUCAGGACCCUAGGUGGGGAAAGUGAGUCAGUCAGGUGGGGUUAGGGCUUCUGGACCCAGAAUCUGCAGCCUGAGUUGGAGCUGAUGUCACCUGGAGAAAAACUGGACCCGAUUCCUGACAGCUUCAUCCUGCAGCCGCCUGUCUUCCAUCCGGUGGUUCCUUAUGUCACCACAAUUUUUGGUGGCCUGCACGCAGGCAAGAUGGUCAUGCUGCAGGGUGUGGUCCCUCUAGAUGCACACAGGUUUCAGGUGGACUUCCAGUGUGGCUGUAGCCUGUGCCCCCGGCCUGAUAUCGCCUUCCACUUCAACCCUCGCUUCCACACCACCAAGCCCCAUGUCAUCUGCAACACCCUGCACAGGGGACACUGGCAAAGGGAGGCCCGGUGGCCCCACCUGGCCCUGGAGCGAGGGGCCAGCUUCUUCAUCCUCUUUCUCUUUGGGAAUGAGGAGGUGAAGGUGAGUGUGAAUGGACAGCACUUUCUCCACUACGGCUACCGGCUCCCGCUGUCUCGUGUGGAUACCCUGGGCAUAUUUGGUGACAUUUUAGUGAAAGCUGUUGGAUUCCUGAACAUCAACCCCUUUGCGGAAGGCAGCAAAGAGUAUCCAGCUGGACACCCUUUCCUGCUGAUGAGCCCUAGGCUGGAGGUGCCCUGCUCACAUGCUCUUCCUCGAGGUCUCUGGCCUGGGCAGGUCAUCAUAGUGCGGGGGCUGGUCUUGCAAGAGCCGAAGGAUUUCACUCUGAGCUUGAGGGACAAGGCUGCCCAUGCUCCUGUGACACUCAGGGCUUCCUUCGCUGACAGAACUCUGGCCUGGACCGCUCCCUGGGGACGGAAGAAGCUGAUCGCAGCUCCCUUCCUCUUUUACCCCCAGCGAUUCUUUGAGGUGCUGCUCCUGUGCCAGGAGGGAGGGCUCAAGCUGGCACUCAAUGGGCAGGGACUCGGGGCUACCAGCCUGAGCCAGCAGGUCCUGGAGCAACUGCGGGAGCUCCGGAUCAGUGGAAGCGUCCAGCUCUACUGUGUCCACUACUGAGGAGGAAACCCCUGACCAAAGAAGGAGGGAGACGGCCAGCCUACACACAGGGCCCCGUGGUAUGGCUCCACUCUCCUCCCCUUACUAAACUGUCCACCUGUCACCACCACAUGAGGCCUAGUUCACUUUGGGGUCAGGAGCCUGAAUGUGCAGGCACCUUGGGCCCCACAGCAGAGGGAAGCCACAGGGUUGUGAAAGCUUCUCAGACUCUGCACCCUCCCUCCACUAGGAGCCAGGGUAUGGGUCCAUCUGCCUUCAGGGCCUAACCUGCACUCAUAGAGGCAGGUUUUAUAGCCUAACAAAGAUACCC